GGGCAUUGAGCCAUUGACAAACACGCUGCCUUCCACUUUUCAACUGUCUCUCUCAAGUCUCAAUCUCAUCUUUUCUCUCCUUAUAUUUAGAUUUUACAAUCACAAAACACAACAAACUCUUUUGACUCUUCCUCUUCAUUUUUCAUCUGAGAUUUACUCUGUUUUUUCAACCUUCAUCAUCGUCUUCUUCUUCGUUUCUGUUAAGAAAUGGAAAUGGAGCAGAAACCUAAGACCAAGAUCGUGUGCACUUUGGGACCCGCGUCAAGGUCGGUUCCUAUGCUAGAAAAGCUUCUCAGAGCAGGCAUGAACGUCGCUCGCUUCAACUUUUCUCAUGGAUCUCACGACUACCACCAGGAAACCCUCGACAAUCUCAAAACCGCCAUGGAAAACACCGGUAUUCUCUGUGCUGUCAUGCUUGACACCAAGGGUCCAGAGAUUCGAACUGGAUUUCUCAAAGAUAGCAAACCCAUCCAGCUGAAACUGGGUCAAGAAAUCACCAUAUCUACUGACUAUAGCAUAAAGGGUGAUGAGAAUAUGAUUUGCAUGAGCUACAAGAAGUUGGCUGAGGAUGUACAGCCAGGAAUGGUGAUACUUUGUGCAGAUGGCACUAUCUCAUUUAAAGUUUUAGCUUGUGACAAAAAAUUGGGUUUGGUUCGAUGUCGCUGUGAGAACUCUUCAGUUCUUGGCGAGAGAAAGAAUGUUAAUCUUCCAGGGGUUGUAGUGGAUCUCCCAACUUUAACAGAGAAAGACAAGGAGGACAUCUUGAAGUGGGGAAUUCCCAAUAAAAUUGACAUGAUUGCUUUGUCUUUUGUUCGAAAAGGUUCAGACCUUGUGGAGGUUCGGAAGCUGCUUGGGAAACAUGCUAAGAACAUACUUCUCAUGUCAAAGGUUGAAAAUCAAGAAGGGGUUGCAAAUUUUGAUGACAUCCUUGCAAAUUCAGAUGCAUUUAUGGUGGCUCGGGGUGACCUUGGAAUGGAAAUCCCAAUUGAAAAGAUAUUUCUUGCACAGAAAGUGAUGAUUUACAAGUGUAACAUCCAAGGAAAACCUGUUGUGACUGCGACGCAGAUGUUGGAGUCAAUGAUCAAAUCUCCCCGGCCAACUAGAGCUGAAGCUACUGAUGUUGCCAAUGCAGUUCUUGAUGGCACUGACUGCGUGAUGCUGAGUGGUGAAACAGCUGCUGGAGCUUAUCCAGAACUUGCAGUUCGGACAAUGGCCAGAAUUUGUGUAGAAGCAGAAAACACCCUUGAUUAUGGAGACGUCUUCAAAAGAAUUAUGCAACACUCGCCAGUGCCCAUGAGCCCAUUAGAGAGCCUGGCUUCUUCUGCUGUCAAAACAGCCAACUCAGCAAAAGCAACUCUUAUUUUGGUCCUAACCAGAGGAGGAAGUUCUGCAAAAUUGGUGGCCAAGUAUAGGCCAGGCAUGCCCAUCUUGUCUGUGGUUGUCCCAGAGAUUAAGACUGACUUGUUUAACUGGUCGUGCAGCGAUGAAGCUCCGGCAAGGCAUAGCCUAAUUUUCCGUGGAUUGAUUCCAGUUUUAAGUGCAGGAUCUGCCAGGGCUUCUGAUGCGGAGACAACAGAAGAAGCAUUGGAGUUUGCCAUUCAGUUUGCCAAGGAACAGGGUCUCUGCAAGAAUGGAGAUUCCGUUGUGGCAUUGCAUAAGCUUGAUAAUGCAUCUAUUAUCAAGAUCUUGACCAUCAAGUGAUGAUCAUUUCUGAUCUUUUCCCUACAGCCUAUUUCUCUCUUUGUUUCCCUUUUUCCUCUUUUGCCUCUUGUCGGGAGUGGCUAGUCUAAAGAUGAGCGAAUGAUGAUGGCUCUGAUUUUGCAACCUUGCUUUUGUUUCUGGGUACAGAAACCUUUAUUACUAUUAAAUGUGUUUUGAUGAGAAAAAUGCAUUGAGAUUUAGAUCUCCAAAUGUCUGAUCAUAUAACUUUGACACAGUGGUUCCUUUGGAUAAAGAUAUUUUAAAAGAAAGAUUUGGAUUUCAGUUGUUA